AUGGCGGCCCUAGUCUCACUAGUUUUAUUUUCCUUGUGUUCUUUUGCGUUCGCUCAGUAUUUCCCUGCCACUCCAGAAGGCCUCAAACACAUCACCUCACAUGUGCCUGGAGCCUCGCUGUCCUACAAACAGACACACAUCUGUAACUCAACUACCUCCUACAGCGGCUACAUCCACUUCCCCCCAAACCCUACCGAUGCCUCCCCCCACCCCAGCAACAUCUACUUCUUCUAUUCCGAGUCUCGCCACGACCCUUCAUCCGCCCCGUUAACCGUCUACCUAGGCGGCGGCCCCGGCGCCAGCUCCGUCGACUCCAUGUUCACCGAGGUCGGGGCCUGCAUGGUCAGCGAGGAUUCCAACAGCACGGUCCCGAACCCCUGGGCGUGGAAUAAUGCCUCCAAUAUGCUCUUUCUGGAUCAACCGGUGCAGACGGGCUUUUCGUAUGACUAUCUGACUAAUUCGACAGUCGAUUAUUCUACGUCGACUGUGUCUCCAGCGGAGAUGGAAGCACAUGUGCCUGCUGUCAAUGCUACGUUUGGCGUCGGGGUGUUUGGAAGUGGCGAGUUGAAUGGAACGGUUAAUUCGACGACGACGGGGGCGAGGGUGUUUUGGGAUGUGUUGCAGGUUUGGAUGGUUGAAUUCCCCGAAUAUAAUUCCACCGAUAAUCAUAUCAACAUUUGGACUGAAUCAUUCGGCGGCCGCUACGGUCCAUCCUACACCUCCUACAUCCUCGAACAGAACAAGCGCAUCAAAGCCGGCGAGCUCUCCGCCCAGGAAAUCCACGUUGACACGCUCGGCAUCCACAACGGUUGCAGCGACGUCGAGACCCAGGCAUCGUUCUACCCUGAAUUCGCGUACCGGAAUACUUACGGCGUAGAGGUCAUCACCGAGGAUGUUUACAAGGCUUCGAAGCAUAACCUCACGAAAUCAGGCGGGUGUCUGGAUCUGGCGAUGCAGUGUAAAGAGCUAGGCGACAAGCUUGAUCCGCUGAAUUUGGGGGAUAAUAGCCAGGUUAAUGACCUGUGUGUUGCGGCAAAUCAGUAUUGUUAUGUGAAUGUGUUGGGGGGGUAUGUGGCUUCUGGGCGCGAUAUUCAUGAUAUGGCUGCCGUCUCGACUGUGACGGUUCCGGCUCGGUAUAGUGAUGGAUUCUUGAACCGAGCUUGGGUGCAGGAGGAGUUGGGGGUGCCGGUUAACUAUACUGCGAAUUCGAAUACCGUAUACUCUGCCUUCGGCUCCACCGGCAACGCCCUCAUUCUCCGCGGAAACGCGAUGGACGAGUUCGCAUCUAUCCUGGCCCACGGCGUCAAGGUGAACCUGGUCUACGGUGAUCGGGAUUAUCUCUGCAAUUGGAUGGGCGGCGAAAACAUCAGUCUCUCAAUCAAGCACGAACAAUCUCGCGCCUUCCGAGACAGCGGCUAUCAAUCUCUCAUCACCAAUGCCUCCUACACAGGCGGCGUUGUCCGUCAGCAUGGAAAUCUCUCGUUUACCAGGGUCUUUGAUGCCGGUCAUUCUGCCGUCGCCUACCAGCCCGAAACCCUCUAUCGCAUCUUCUCUCGCAUCAUGGCCUCCAAGGACAUCGCCACUGGCGAGGAAUGGCUCAUUGAUGACUAUCCGAGUAGGUAUCAGACCCGGGGCCCGCAUUCGACCUUUGAGAUUAAGAAUGUGAUGCCGGAUCCUGCCGAGCCGGUGUGCUAUACGCUGGAUAUGUCGACUACUUGUACUGAGGGGCAGAAGGAGGCGUUGGCGAAUGGGACGGCCGUGGUGAGGGAUUUUGUGGUCGUUAAGCCUAAAUAUUGA